CCACGUCCAUGUCCAUGCCCCCAUAUCACACCACCACCUGUCCUCCCCCUUCCCCUCUCUCUCUCUCUCUCUCUCUCUCUCCCUCUCUGCAAACCUACAAGCAGGGCAAGGAGGAGGAGGAAGAAGAAGAAGAAGCAAACAUGUCUUCCCCAAGCAAGCGCAGGGAGAUGGAUCUCAUGAAGCUGAUGAUGAGUGACUACAAGGUGGACAUGAUCAACGACGGGAUGCACGAGUUCUUCGUCCACUUCCACGGACCCAAAGACAGUAUUUACCAGGGUGGUGUGUGGAAGGUCAGGGUUGAACUCACCGAAGCUUACCCUUACAAAUCCCCUUCCAUUGGCUUCACCAACAAGAUCUAUCACCCCAAUGUCGAUGAGAUGUCUGGUUCUGUCUGCUUGGAUGUGAUCAAUCAGACAUGGAGCCCGAUGUUUGACCUUGUGAAUAUCUUUGAGGUGUUCCUGCCCCAGCUUCUCCUGUACCCGAACCCCUCGGACCCCUUGAACGGCGAGGCGGCUUCGCUCAUGAUGCGCGACAAGAAUGCUUAUGAAACUAAAGUCAAAGAAUAUUGUGAGAGAUAUGCCAAGCCUGAAGAUAUAUCCCCAGAGGAGGAAGAGGAGGAGAGUGAUGAGGAGCUGAGCGACGCCGAGGGCUACGACUCCGGCGACGAGGCCAUCAUGGGCCACGCAGACCCUUAACUGGUGGAUGGAUGCAAGGAUGGUUAGCUCAGUCAGUAACUCAGUAAUGCAGGUGAUCAUGAUGUAUCUCUGUCUGUCAGUCUGUACAUAGCUGCGGCGAUCACUGAUGAAUGCCGCCAUGGCAGAUGCUGAAGAAAGUCAUCAGCCAUCUCAACUCAGCUCCACUAGUUCUUGUGUGUCCCGCUGUGAAUAACUUGCCAUUUGUUUGUGUUGGUUCCAUUUGCAGUUCAUGUUUCCAUUCUAGGAGAUGUCUGUUCUUC